AUGGCCACCAUGGCGGUCAGAAGCUACUUCUCCUACUGGAUGCUCCCGGUCCUGUCCAGUCUCGUAUGGUUUGGCAUGCUCCUUGGCAUGCUCCUCUACUGGCUCAUCGACUCCCACAGCAGCGUCUACCCUUCCAUGUCCCCGGAUCAAACCAUAGCCUACAUCAGUGACGUUGGAGCCCAGGAACUCAAGCCGCUCUUCAUCGCCGGCUCCGCCAUCACCACCCUCACCCUCGACCUGUCCUUUUUCUCCGAGCUCUGGCUCCGUCACAACGGCCGCCUCGUCUCAAACUCCUCCACUGGGGAAAAGAUUCUCGUCCUCCUCUCCAUCUUCUUCGCCAUUGUCGGUACUUGUGGCUUGAUCCUCCUCAGCGUCUUCGACACUCUGCGCUACCCGAGACUGCAUGUUCUGUUCUUGUUGCUAUUCAUUUUGGGCUAUUUAUUCUCCGCCAUCUUCAUUUGCUGGGAAUAUCAGCGUCUCGGAAUCAAGCACCGUCAGCAUCGCGCUCUCCGCGCUUCCUUCUGGCUAAAACUUGCCUUUAUACUCGUCGAGUUUGCCCUCUCUCUUGUCUUUGCCGGCUCCAUGCUCGCUGGAAACCCCAACGUCGCUGCCGGUUUUGAGUGGACCAUCGCCUUCAUCUUCACCUUUUACAUCCUCUCCUUCGUCAUCGACCUCCUCCCCGCCAUCCGCACCAGAGAUCCCAGAAAUCGAUUCGGCAGGCCCAGUGAUACCGAAGUCGCCAACGUACAAAACUCGAGAGAAUUGGAGGCGGCUACCAGGGGUUUCCAAUGA